CACACGGAAGACGUAUUAAAUGGACGGUUUCUGUCCAUCACCUAAAUGCUUCCGUCUAGAGAUGUCCACUGCUGGUGUAAACACUUAUGACACGAGCAUGAUGAAAUAACAGUGGAUAUAUUAGCCGGUAUGUUUGUAAUUUAAUAGCACUUUUCAAAGGGUCAGGAUGCAUUCGCGUAUUUUAUUCAAAGGCACAGCAGCAGCUGUUGCUGCGAGAAGGAUUCGCUAUAUAUUGGGACCCGUGGUGUCAAAAGAAGGUUGGAAGUGCAGCGCACAUGAGGUCAAACUCCUCAACACCUCGUCAGGUGACACUGUGAAGAUAGGCGAGAUCUCAUAUGUGCUCAAAUCUCCCAGAAAUCCAGAACUUGUUCCAGUAAAUCAUAUGAUGGAGGCUUUGCCACAAAUGAUCACCCAACACCUUCGUUGGAUAAUGCAGAAGGACCUUCUCGGACAGGACGUGUUUCUCAUUGGUCCUCCUGGUCCUCUGCGCCGUUCAAUUGCCAUGCAGUACCUGGAAUUAACAAAGCGAGAGGUGGAAUAUGUUGCCCUGUCCAGAGAUACUACUGAGACUGAUCUCAAACAGCGCAGAGAGAUCCGGUCUGGAACUGCCUUUUACAUAGACCAGUGUGCUGUCCGAGCUGCAACUGAGGGUCGGAUUCUGGUGUUGGAGGGGCUGGAGAAGGCAGAGAGGAACGUGUUGCCAGUUCUCAAUAACCUGCUGGAGAAUCGAGAGAUGCAGCUGGAAGAUGGACGCUUUCUCAUGUCAGCACAGCGCUACGACAAACUCCUGGAGGAGCACACUAAAGAUGAGCUGGAUGCGUGGAAAAUCGUUCGGGUGAGUGAGGAUUUUCGAGUCAUUGCUCUCGGCCUGCCUGUUCCCCGAUACAAAGGAAACCCGCUGGAUCCACCUCUCCGCUCCCGCUUCCAGGCCAGAGACAUCUACUACCUUCCCUUCAAGGACCAGCUAGAGCAUCUAUACACAAUUGGACCAAAUGUGCCUCCUGAAAGGUUGUCCCAGCUCUUGUCUUUCGCCACUACACUUUGUUCUCAAGAGUCUGCCAGCUUAAGUCUGCCUGAUUUCCCUAUGGACAAUCUUCCAUCUGCCCUCGCAGUUCUAAACCUGUUCCCGAUGCUGUCAGCGCAGCAGCUGGUCCAGAGACUUUACCCGUAUGAGGUCAUGCUGGGAAAGGAAGGCCGUACCGCUGUAGAAGGGGUGCUCAGUAGGUUUGAGUUGACUGAUGGGAGCACGAAACCUUCUCCGACUGCAGUGCUGAGCGUUGAGUCUGUGAAUGGAGAUCAUGCAGAACAGGCAGCUGUCACCCUCAACAUAGCCAACCAGAACAUCACCUUUCAGGUUCCUUCAGGGACGCGGCCAAGUCGCCCACCCAACAGCAGUCCCGCUUUCAUCGGCACCCCCACCCAUGACCGCCUGCUGGCCGAGAUGAUGCAGUCCCACCUCGUUAAAGACAUUUGUCUGAUCGGGGCCAAGGGUUGUGGCAAAUCCGUGAUUGCAAGGGAAUUUGCUGACAUGCUGGGCUACAGCAUUGAACCAAUUAUGCUUUAUCAGGAUAUGACUGCACGGGACCUCCUCCAGCAGAGAUACACCCUGCCUAAUGGAGACACGGCCUGGAGGGCCUCCCCGCUAGUCACUGCUGCUCAGGAGGGCAAGCUGGUGCUGCUGGACGGCAUCCACCGUGUCAACCUGGGCACUCUGGCUGUGCUUUCCAGGUUGCUGCAUGACCGCGAGCUGGCUCUGUAUGACGGGACUCGACUACUGAGGUGGGACCGUUACCAGACUCUAAAAGACGAGCUACAGCUCACUGACCAGGAGCUGCAAGACAGAUCCAUCUUCCCAAUCCACCCGUCAUUCCGGAUCAUUGCUCUAGCGGAGCCACCUCAGGUCGGGAGCACCACGCAGCAGUGGCUCGGCCCGGAGAUCCUCACCAUGUUCCUGUUUCACACCGUCAAACCUCUGGCCAAGGCUGAGGAAACGGCUGUCAUCCAGGGCAUGAUCCCAAAUGUUCCCAAAGAAGCAGUGGAUCAGCUGCAACACUUGACUCACAGUCUGAGAAAAUCCAACGAUCCUACGGCCCUGUCCCUUGCUUCUUCAUUGUCUACCAGGCAACUGCUGAGAAUCUGUCGGCGUCUUUCUCAGUAUCCACAGGAGAGUGUUGCUCACGCUGUGAACAAAGCCUGUCUGUCCAGGUUUCUGCCCAGCCUGGCUCGCUCGGCUCUUCAGAAGAGUCUGGUGAACUGCUCAAUAGAGGAUCAGCCUGACCCAGCAUCAGAACAGAGCCAUCUCUACACAUGCACAGUAAAAGAUGGACUUCUGACCAUAGGGAACAUCUCGGCUCCUGUGUACAGCCCUGAUGAGAAGAUGAAGGUCCCGGAUGUGCUCUUUUAUGAGAACGUUCAGCACAUGAUGGUGAUGCAGGACAUGCUGAAGGACUUCCUGUUGGGGGAACACCUGCUUCUUGUGGGCAACCAGGGCGUUGGGAAAAACAAGAUUGUUGAUCGAUUCUUGCAUCUGAUGAACAGACCGAGAGAAUAUCUUCAGCUUCACAGAGACACUACAGUCCAGACUUUAACACUGCAGCCCUCUGUGAGAGAUGGCAUCAUCAUCUAUGAAGACUCUCCAUUGGUUAAAGCUGUGAAGAUGGGACAUAUCCUGGUAAUAGAUGAAGCUGAUAAAGCUCCCACAAAUGUCACCUGUAUCCUGAAGACAUUGGUGGAGAGUGGAGAGAUGAUCCUGGCAGAUGGAAGAAGAAUAGUGUCAGAUCAACUGGAAGCAGCCGGAAGGCCUAAUGCCAUUCCCAUGCAUCCAGACUUCCGUAUGAUUGUUUUAGCAAACCGACCUGGCUUUCCGUUUUUGGGAAAUGACUUCUUCGGAGCACUUGGGGACAUAUUUAGCUGCCAUGCAGUGGACAACCCCAAACCUCAGGCUGAGUUUGCCAUGCUGAAGCAAUAUGGGCCGGACGUUCCUGAUGCAAUCCUCCAGAAACUGGUGGCUGCAUUCGGAGAGCUCCGGGCCAUGGCUGACCAGGGAACAAUAACCUACCCCUACUCUACACGAGAAGUGGUCAACAUCGUAAAACACCUGCAGAAAUUUCCAGACGAGGGCCUGGCCAACGUGGUGAGGAAUGUGUUUGACUUUGACUCCUAUAACAAGGACAUGCAUGAGGUGCUGAUCACAGCACUGCACAAGCACGGCAUUCCCAUCGGAGCCAAACCCACCAGCGUGCAACUGGCCAAGGAGUUACCAUUGCCAGACUGUAAGAUGGCGGGUUACUGGACCAUCAGUCAGGGUGGAAGUACACGACGAAAGCUGCUGUGUCCAACAGAGUCCCAUCGGAUAGAUAUCAAGGGCCCUGUGUUUCUGCGGGUUCAGAGUUAUCCUUCUGAGAGGCACGAGUCCAGAUCUAUGAGCUUCACCGAGGAACAGGCUCACUGGCAAAUCCCCAUGAAUGAGGUCAACAUCGUCUGCGACGUCACCACUGCUAAUGAUUCCAUUUAUGUGGCCACAUGUAACCCUGUAUCGCUGUAUGCUAUGAAGGAGAGAGGAGACUCCGUCCAGUGCAUUGAGCUCUAUGACAUCUUCCCCCGGACCACCAGUGGAGUCUGGCAGCCUUUUGUCUCUGUGGCGGCACUGGGUAACCCGCUGCAAGACCAGGUGGUGCUCCAUGAAGAACAGGGCAACACAGUGCUGCAUCUGGACCUGGUGACCGGUGCUGUGAGGAGACUGGUCCUGUCUCAGGACAAACAGGAGGAACCGCCACGCAAGACCUCAAACUGGUGGAGCAACAAAGAGAGUCAGCCAGCAUACAAAAUGUGCAAGGAGUUUGCCCACAAAAACUGGCUUCUCUUCUACAAAGAAAACGGGAGUCAGCUGGAUGUCGUUGAUGUGCUAGAAGGUCAGGUUCACACCAUCUCCCUCCCCAUCAAUCUCAAAGCUGUGUUCCUGGUGGCUGAAGACCGUUGGCUUCUUGUUGAAAGCAAGACUGACAGGAAGUUCCUGUUGACAAAGCCCAUGCACAUGGGCGCAGAGGACACGGGAGUGUGCCAGCUGCACGCGAUCAGUGAAGACGCUGUUAACACUGGCUUUGGCACCAGCUCAGGGAUGGAAGCCACAGCUCCUCAGGAGGUAUCGAAUGAGCAGCUGCCAAAUGAGAACCUCAGCACUGCCCUGGGCCAGAAGAUCGUCUCUCCCAACCGCAUCCUCUGUGACACUAACACCUAUGCUAAUGUUAUCGUGGGCUUCCCAGAUCUCAUGUCCCCUAACGAAGUGUACAGCUUUACAAGAUCUUCGCCCAUAACAGAGGGUCGGGGACCUGAUAUGUUUUUUGGGUCAAGUAAGCGAACCGGGCCAGCAAAGAGGGUCAACUGUGUCUGCCUGUUAAGUGCUAAUCAAGUGGUCCGAGCUCUGCCCCCUUCACAAGUCCCACUGACUGAGAUCUACCCCAAAGAUGUCACACCUCCCAUGACUGCUGCUUACUUGGAAGUGACAGACCUGAACUCUAAAAAGCUCAAAUACAUUCCAGUGCCGAGGAGCAGCUCAAUGUCUCCAUACACCGUGUGGAUCUCAAAGGUCUCAGACGCAGAUGUAGUGAUGGCUCCUCUGGGCUCUGGUGGAGUGGUGACUGUGGACAUGGGAGGCUACGUCAGAUUAUGGGAAACGGGCCUUGACAACCUGCAGCGGUCUCUGCUGGAGUGGAGGAACAUGAUCGGAGCAGAGGAUGGCAGGCCAAUCCAGAUCACCAUUCAGAGAGACAGUGGCCAAGAUGUCAGCUCCCCCAAACACGGCAAGAUUGACCCCAAAAAUGCCCCUCAUGUAGGGGGGAACCAGUGGGCUGGAGGCACAGGCGGCAGAGAUACAGCGGGUCUUGGAGGGAAAGGAGGCCCCUACCGUCUGGAUGCCGGACACAAAGUUUACCAGAUCUCUCAGGCGGAGAAAGACGCCGUGCCCGAUGAGGUGAAGAGAGCAUCAAGGGAGAUGGCGGAGAAGGUUUUUAAGCAGAGGCUCAAGGAAAUUGAGAUGAGUGAGUAUGAUGCCACCACAUACGAGCGUUUCUCAGGAGCGGUCAGACGACAGGUUCAGUCGCUCCGCAUCAUUCUGGACAGUCUGCAGGCUAAAGGGAAGGAGAGGCAAUGGCUGAGGAAUCAGGCUCUGGGUGAGCUAGACGAUGCUAAGAUCAUUGACGGCCUGACAGGAGAGAAAGCCAUUUAUAAACGCAGAGGAGAGGUGGAGCCAGAGUUGGGGUCUCCUCAGCAGAAGCCGAAGCGUUUACGUCUGCUAGCGGACGUCUCUGGCAGCAUGUAUCGCUUUAAUGGUGUGGAUGGCCGUCUGGAGCGCUCCAUGGAAGCUGUGUGUAUGGUGAUGGAGGCUCUUGAGAGCUACGAGCACAAGUUUAAGUAUGAUAUAAUGGGGCACUCUGGAGACGGGUUUGACAUAGAGCUGGUCAGAUGUGACAAAGUGCCCAAGAACAACAUGGAGAGGCUGAAGGUUUUGAAGACAAUGCAUGCCCACUCGCAGUUCUGCAUGAGCGGAGACUACACACUGGAGGGCACCGAAUACGCCGUGAAGGAGAUGGCACGCGAAGAAGCCGACGAGCAUUUCGUCAUCGUGCUGAGCGAUGCCAACCUGGAGCGCUACGGGAUCAGCCCCGACCGGUUCGCACGCGUCCUCACCAGUAACCCGCAGGUCAAUGCCUUCGCCAUCUUUAUCGGUUCCCUGGGAGAUCAGGCGGACAGGCUCCAGAGGACUCUGCCGGCCGGACGAUCUUUUGUCGCCAUGGACACCAAGCAGAUCCCCCAAAUCCUUCAGCAGAUUUUCACAUCCACCAUGCUGUCCAGUGCCUGAGAGAACUCCAGUUGGGCGAAUCGCACUGAAAUUGACAUGUCACUGAUGACGGUGAUCUCUGCGUCAAGGAGCAACAGGUCGAAUCUCAAGAUAAAAAUCAGGGUUGCAUUUUACUGUAAAAUCAAAAUAGAAUUAUACUUUUAUUUAUACUGAGCACCAUUUCUCCCUGAAUUUUCAUUGCCAUUCAUUAUUUUAAUGUAAUGUAAUAAUAUGUAUAGUAAUAUGUUAUACAUUCUGACAUACAUACAGUACAAUAAUGCACUGACAUUACUGUACUGACAGUUUGGAAUGACAGUAAUGAGAAUCCCCAUUCAGAAUAAAUGGAAUUACAAAAAGCUCAUAGGUAAAAUGUCCAAAUAAAAAAGUUAAAACAUUACUAACAUUUAUGUAAGCUGAUUUUUAAAAAGAAAAAAAGUACUUCAAUAUGUAUUUUUAAUACAAUAAAAAUGUCAGAAUGACAGUAAUGGGAAUUCAAAUUGGGAAUAAAUGGAAUUACUAAAAUUUCCAUAAAAACAGUAAGAAUAAAAUACAACUGACAUCCAUGUGUGUUAAUUAAAAAAAAAAAAUUUAAAUUAUGCUAAUUUAUAAUUACAAUAUUUUAAUAAAAUAAAAAGUCUGAAUGACAUCAAUAACAAGCCCCAAUUGAGAAUAAAUAGAAUUACAAAAAACUUUGAUAGUAAAAUGUCCAUUAAAAACAAAAACAUUAUGGUGAUGUGAAUUUAGGGAAAUAUGCUUAUUUGUCAUUAAAAAUAAGCAUAUUUGUCAUUAAAAAUAAGCAUAUUUGUCAUUAUAAAUAAUAAAUAAUUUUUUUUUUUUUGGUGACCUGGACAUGUCAAAAAAGACCAGAGACCUGUCUGCCCUCCAUAACACCCUCAGUCUCAAGGGGCACGGUUUUGUGUAUGGACUAUACUACAUACAAAACCAUAGUAAUUCUGUGAUGUAUCAGGACUGAACUGUAUGAGUCUAGAAUAUUUGCACAAGUACAUAGUGUUAUGGAAAUUAUUGCUAGAUGAUAUUUUAAUUUUGACAGUUGUUGUUUUAACAUAUUCUGAGAGCUAUUAACAAUCACACAUAUGCCUAAACGUCUAUCCAUGCUAUGUAAAGAUUUGAUUGUGUGUUUAAUGGUGCUGGGAGAUAUAAUCAAAUAUACAUUGAUGCGUUUUGACUAUAUUUAGUAUAUCUCAAAAUGUACUUCGUGUAUUUGUUUUGAAAUUGUUUAAAAGAAGGAUUAUUUUAACCAAACAAUUGCCAACAGAUUGAAAAUAUUUAACAUUGGAUCUUAAUUUGAACUCAAGGUAAAUACAUUAAUGCAAUAUUCAAUUUACAUUAUUAUAAUUAUUAUUAUAUAAUACAAAAUAAUAUUGUAAAAUAUAUACAAAUUAUUAUUCACAACAAAGUUGCUUGAUUUUAAAUACCACUGACACUUCCUUGGGAAUAUUGUAAGUAUCAAAUAUAUAUUUAUUGCCCAGCUCUAGUGGUUAAGAGUGUAUUAUUAGAACAUAAGGCGUGUCUGAGUGUAACCUUUUUUGUUUUCAAGAGCCCAAUGUUGUAUAAGAGUUGGCACUCUUUCGUCAAGUUUGUUGGGAUUUUCCCAGUAUCCUCUAAACACAUCAUUGUAAAGUGCACACAUCCUGUAACUUAUGGAGACGGAGGAGAAAGAGAGAGAGAGUCAGCCGCACACCACCGCCGCCCCAUCACCCAAGACUUCCUCAUAAAUCUCUUUCCGUCCUGAGAAACCAGAACCUCAAGUGCAAUUCCACACCACAUUCCUCAGCCCUCCCGGUACACACUCAUCACUCUUUAACCAAAUAAGCGCAAAUGAAAAUGUAUUUGUGAUCUCUGACAGGUCUGACACUCGGCUCCACUGACACAGAGCUGUGCGAAACUCGAAAGGAAAAACAGCGGCUCACAGAAAUAGCAGGUCAAAAGAACAGAGAAAGUUGCGUCUUCAGCACACAAAGAUGAGGGUAUUUUUACUGCAGACAAGUAUAGCCUUCUGUGCAUCCUGUGUUUGUGAGUCAGCUUGAGGGAGACGUUUUUUCCUGGACUUCCUGUCCUGACCUCUGCUCUGUACUGGGCCCAUGUUAGCAGUGUUGAGUUUGGAAUGUCGUCCACCUGACUGCAUGUGCUUCUUCACUGCUUGCGCAAACUCCUCUGAGAUGCUUGAUUUCCAAGUGCUCCAUCUAUGUCAAAAGUUUUUUUUCCUUCCUGUCUGCUGGACCCGCUGACGCCCAGGCUGCCACACUGCCCCUCACACUCAGCUGAGGAAUCCGGCCCCCUGCUCCAGUUACGCCACACUCCUGAGAUGUUGCCGAGGAGAAAGUGGGACUGUAAUUUAUAGAAUCUGGCCAGCUUGAUGAGUUGAACUUUGGAAAGCCAGCAGGUAGCAGGAAUGUUCUACUGCAUGUUUCUACUGAAAUCACUGACGUUCUCUUCCAGAACCUACUGAACCGCCUACUUAAACUCAAAGUAUACUUCAGUUUUGAUGUGAACCCUUAAAGGAAUAGUUCACCCAAAAAUGAAAAUUCUGCCAUUAAUUACUCACCCUCGUGUCGUUCCAAGCCCCUAAGACCUUCAUUCAUCUUAAGAACACAAAUUAAGAUAUCUGCUUUCUGACCCUCCAUAGGCAGCAAUGGAACUGACACGUUCAAGGCCCAGAAACGUAGUAAGGACAUCGUUAAAAUAGUCCAUGUGACAUAAGUGGUUCAACCUUAAAGUUGUUAAAUAAAGUAGUUAUUUUUGUUUUGUUCAUGCACAAAAAGUAUUCUUGUAGCUUCAUAAAAUUAAGAAUGAACCACUCAUGUCACAUGGACUAUUUUAAUGAUGUCUUUAAUAACUUUCAGGGCCUUAAACGUGUCAGUUGCAUUGCGUUGAGGUCUAUAAAAUAUUGAAUGUUAUCCAAAUGACAGUUCUGUCUAAUUCAAAAUUGGCUAUUUCAACCACUAUUUGUGUGUGCUGUGACAUGUUAUGCUUAUUUGAUUAUCAUGCCAUUAGCUUAGCAUCAUGCUAACACCAAUCUCCUUUAAAAUCAAUUGUGGGUCGAGCCAUUGUGCAAGGAGCACCAGUUGUAUGAGUUUCUUCCCUAUGCAGGGCAUCACUUAAGAGUUUAAUUUCAGUUAGGAUGCAUAGGCAGUAAACAGCAAAGCAGCUCACUAGGUUUUGGAACAGAGCCCAAACGGAUCCACUGUGCCUUUAAGGGCAGAACACAGCAUGCGUGUUCAUACAUAUAUGUACACCAAUAUACUGAAAUGGACUCCAGCAUAAGUGAAUAAAUGAAUCAUCACACUUCAUUCACCCACACAGGCCUCAUUUACUACUCAUCAGGAUUAAUUGUAUUUUGUAAGCGCCAACAUGUCUUGUAAAAACAAUGUAAUGACUGACAAUUACAGCCAUUGAAGGUCAUAAUUCAAGUCUGACUUUGACUUAAUCGCAGCUGAACGUGUAAUAAUUUUUCCUUAUGUCUUUUGAUUUUUAUUUGGUCUGUUUCAGAUGUAGAAUGGUGUAAUGAAUACAUGUUAACAUAUUAAAUUAACAAUAAGGAUCUAUAUUUGUCUGUAGAGUGUGUGUAAGCUGACUGCUGCUGACUGUUAGGGGCCGUUCACACAGGAUGUGUUCCUCCAUUCUGUCUGUUUUUUUUUUUUUUGCAUUUUUGGUUAUUUUUGCUUUGUUUUUGGUCAGUCUUUUCUUUUUUUCCCCCCUCAGUAUCCCAUGCUAAAAGUGAAGAGUUUUAUGACACCAGUAAAGUUCAAAAUAUUUAGACUUGAUUCACUUUUUAAUGUUUUUGAAUUUUUUUUUAGAAGUCUAUAAAAGUCUUAUGCUCAUCAAGGCUACAUUUAUUUGAUAAUAAUAAUA